AAAGGAAGUAAAAACAACCAUUCAAGCUGAUGUUAGUUUUGAGUUCGCUGCCAGUCAAUGCGUUGGGCAGGGCUGCAGUUGCCUGGUAACGUUUGAUGUCGGCCAAUGCACUCCCGGCCAUUGCACUCUGAUCACCUGAACUUCUGAGAUGUGGAGGGUGCCCUGCUUUCAAUUUUUAAUUGCUGGGACAUUUCAGUUUUAGGAGGGGUUGGAUUAUAUUCUCUUAUUGCUUUACAACUUUAGGAAUUGAUGCUUAUCUGCAAAAGAACGUGGACGCCGAGUAACGGAAAAUGACUCAAGCCAACCAGCUCAGUGCAGCUGGAGUCAGGCAGGCGGGCGGAGGGGGCACCGAUCCCGGGAAUCUCAGCAGCAAAGUCCAGUCGCAGUCUGUGUGCCGGAGAGAUGACUGACGCCCGAAACGAGAGCCUGGAGUUUUACUGCGGCUUCAGCCCUCCUGUAGCCGCAGAGAUUUUACGGAAUCUGAAUUUGCCUGCUGUCAUUCUAUACAGUGUUCUCACUCUAAUGGCUGUAAUUGCAAAUCUUGUGUAUUUUGAGGAAGUUAUCUACCUGUUGAGGAAAGUCCCGUCUACAAACAGGAGAGCAACUAUUAUGUGGGUCAGCGGGGCUGCACCGGUGAUAGCAUCCACAUCUUGUAUUGGCAUGUGGGUUCCUUUGGCAUCAAUGAUCACAGAUUUGACAACAGCAGUAUACUUUGCAAUUGUUAUCCAUAAGUUCCAGCGGAUGAUGAUACAAGAAUUUGGAGGUGAUGAAGCAUUCCUGAAACAUUUUGAAAAUACUCCUGUGAAGAUUAGUACAGGGCCUUGUUGUUGCUGCUGCCUAUGCUUGCCUUUUGGAAAAAUUUCAAGGCGCCUGAUGUUCAUGCUGAAAUUGGGAACAUUUCAGCUGGCUUUCUUACGUCCAGUUCUGAUGAUCUUCACAUUGGUCCUUUGGGUGAAUGGGACCUUUAGUCUUGAUGAUCUUACACCUAGUGGACCUGCGAUAUGGAUUAACACUUCCCUCGGCGUCUCCACAAUAAUUGCAUUGUGGCCAAUUGGAAUCGUUUUUAACAAAGUCAAAGGGGAACUUAAAAAUCAGAAGAUAAUCCCUAAAUUCACCCUUUAUCAGAUUUCAUUCAUUCUUACUCAGCUCCAAGCUGCCAUUCUCAACAUAACAGCAUUGUCAGGAGGCAUCGCCUGUGCACCUCCACUUUCACCAACAGCCAGAGCAGGAUAUAUGAACCAGCAGCUUCUCAUAAUGGAGAUGUUUAUUAUAACUAUGCUAUCACGCAUUUACUACAGAAGAAAAUACAACCCCCUAGAAAUAGAUGAAAUGCAACCUUCAAUAAAAACACAAGUACCCUGAACCAUGUGAAUCAUAGUAUGGCAUAAGGUAGAAUCUCAUGAGCAUAAGGCAAUAAUUAAACAUCUUUUACUGGAUUUGCAUUGAGGUAUUGACAGUUUCUAGGUUCUCUUUCGGGCCUUCCUGUAACACCAGUCUGGCUUCUCAAUAGCACAAAGAGGUUUGUUUAGAUUCUGAAAGCUUUAACACUUGACUUAAUUAAUAGUUUUGUCAACCCAAAAAUAACAGUGUUCAAUACUAUUACAGUAGUUUGGCCAUGUUCCUCAAUGGGAUGGAAGUGUGCUUGUUAUAUCGUCUACAGGUCUACUCACGUAGCAUUAACACACCAGAUAUCAUGUCUACAGCAAGCUCUGGGCAGGAAAUUAUGGGCCUACUGCCUGAAUUUUGUAUUUUAAUUGAAAUGAAUGAAUGAAAAGUACAAAGACUGCGAAAGGCCUGUUUUAUUCUUCACCAACAUUUGUUGUUAAUGGCAUUUCAUAACUAAACCACUACUUGGGGAGUCAAUUUGUUCAAAACUCAAACCAGGGCUAGAUAAUUCCUCAUUUAAGAGAGAGAUCAAUAUAUGAAGCUGAGGAAACUAUGAAUCUCACACACCCCACAUCCCAUAGAUUUAUAACUGAAAGAGGGAUUAUGAAAUUAUUGUUCAUUCUGACUGAGAGUCACACGUAACGUUCUUUACUCUUAAAAUUACUAACAAUGUACAUUUAUUCAAUAUAAUAUAAUGUUUAUAUCUCAGCUUUCCUGAAAAUCAGCAUCAGUUUUGCAAAACAAAUUGUUGAAAUCCAGUAUGUAUUAAUUACACAUUUUUACUGCUUUGAAUUUUUUUCAUAGAAGUUCUACACUGUAACUAAUAAUGUAUAAUCAAACAAUUGAGGUACUAAAAACAUUAUGUUUGGAUAUUUGUAUCCCAUAAUGAAGAAAUAGUAAAUUAAAGUUGGUAAUAUAAUCUAGCUGUACAUGAAAGACAAAAGCAAAGAAUUUGAAGAUAGCAUCAGUUUAUCAAAUAUCAGUUAAUGUUAUUUCAUUACAUUUAAACUUACUUGUAUACAUUCCUUACCCAUAUGCAUUUGUAACUUUUGUGUGACAUUAAGCUUGUAUCUACUAAUAAAAUAUAAACAAUUUAUUUUAAA